CCCGGGCCCCGCCCCGCCCCUACCCCGGGCAGGCACCCCGACCUUCAGCUCCUGCUUGCUUCUGGACUCUGUGGCUCAGUUUCAGGGCCCCAGAGCCUCCCUGAGAAAGGACCCCGGGCCCCUUCCUUGCGCCGGGCCUCGGGCACACCAGCUCCUCGGACCCCUCCCUUCCUGCGGGAAUCAUGAAUCGGACGCCCCCAGCAGCAUCCCUCUCCCUCCCUGCCCCCCCCCCCCAGCCCCCGGCCCGGUCCUCCUCGAGCUUCCCUGCCCCUCCCUCUCUCCGGGAGCCAGGAAUGCAGGCCAAAAAUAUCUCUCAGCUCCAGACCUGGGAGGCUCGGCUUGCGAGCACAUCUGAGCGGAUGAAAACCCAGGAGUGUGAGCUUUGAUUGCUUUUUGCGUCAGGAAUCUGGGCCUCCAGCCUAGGCGUCGUUUGGAACCUGGGAGUCCCAUGCUCCGACUCCCACCGCCCGAGAUCCAGACAUUUUGCUGUCAACAUCCCUCCCCCGCCCCCAUCGACUGUGAGCUGGGACCCAGGAGUCCCGUCCACCAAUGGGCGAGUCCCAGCGUAAAUGAGGAUUUGGGGACCCAGGAGUCGGGGACCUCAGCCCAGCUCUUAAAGCCUAGGGAUCGGCUCUUUCAGGGACCCUGGCCCACAGACCCCAUCAAACUGACAGACCCGGUGCCCCCACCCACCGCGACCCAGAUGUCCAAGAUUGCAUCCGGCCUGGAAGAGCCAGACUGCAGCAGGCGACGAGGGGAGGGGGCCGGAAGGGAGAGGGAGAAUUGAGGGAGGUGAUACCGGGGUGGGGACCUGGGCUGGGGGCUCCGUCCAAAACAGACGCCAAACAGACGGGUUGCCAUGGCAACGGCCUUCCCGGGCCUCCCCUGGAGACUGCGCUAGGGCCGAGUCGGGGAGGGCAGCCCCCAGGAGCCCCCACACCGCCAGCUGUUGUAUCUUCCUGUUUUGUCACCACGGCAACAGUGACCUCAGCCCUCCACUCCGCCCCCCCACCCCCUCCGCACUGGCGGGGCCGGAGAGCCCACGUCCAUUUCUCGCGGGGAGGGGCGUGGUCUUUUCUCGGCUCCGCCUCAAGGGCGGGCCCGGGAUACCCCUGGCUCAGGGAGUCCCUUUCUCAGCCCUGGCCCCGCGCUCGCGCCGGGUCCCCGGCCCCGCCCCCGCCCCGGCCCCGCCCCCGCCCACCAACCCCACCCAGUUAGCAAACGCUUCCAGUCUGCAGCUGUCGCCUCUGUCUCAGCAGCAGCCGCCACAGCCCGAGAGGUGUCUGACCUAAUCCACCUCCAGAGCCGGAUCUUUCUGCGUCUGGGUCCUCCGCAAAGACUGCUGCCAUGCCGGUGACCGUGACCCGCACGACCGUCACCACCACUAUGUCGUCCUCCUCAGGCCUGGGCUCCCCAACCAUCGUGGGGUCCCCUAGGGCGCUGACCCAGCCCCUGGGCCUCCUCCGCCUGCUGCAGCUGGUGUCCACCUGCGUGGCCUUCUCACUGGUGGCCAGUGUGGGUGCUUGGACGGGGUCCAUGGGUAACUGGUCCAUGUUCACGUGGUGCUUCUGCUUCUCCGUGACCCUCAUCAUCCUCAUAGUCGAGUUGGGCGGGCUCCAGGCCCGCUUCCCCCUGUCCUGGCGAAACUUCCCCAUCACCUACGCCUGCUACGCCGCCCUCUUCUGCCUGUCGGCCUCCAUCAUCUACCCCACCACCUACGUCCAGUUCUUGUCUCACGGCCGCUCCCGGGACCACGCCAUCGCCGCCACCGCCUUCUCCUGCAUCGCCUGCGUGGCUUAUGCCACCGAAGUGGCCUGGACCCGGGCCCGGCCCGGGGAGAUCACCGGAUACAUGGCCACCGUGCCAGGCCUGCUCAAGGUGCUGGAGACCUUCGUGGCCUGUGUCAUCUUUGCCUUCAUCAGCAGCCCGUACCUGUACCAGCACCAGCCGGCGCUGGAGUGGUGCGUGGCCGUGUACUCGAUCUGCUUCAUCCUGGCGGCCGUGGCCAUCCUGCUGAACCUGGGUGACUGCACCAACGUGCUGCCCAUCUCCUUCCCCAGCUUCCUGUCCGGGCUGGCCCUGCUGUCGGUCCUCCUGUAUGCCACUGCCCUGGUUCUCUGGCCGCUCUACCAGUUCGACGAGAAGUACGGCGGCCAACCGCGGCGCUCAAGGGAUGUGAACUGCGGCGACAGGCACACCUUCUACGUGUGCACCUGGGACCGCCGGCUGGCCGUGGCCAUCCUGACGGCCAUCAACCUGCUGGCUUACGUGGCUGACCUCGUGUACUCGGCCCGCCUGGUUUUUGUUCGGGUGUGAGGCUCCGGCCGGGGGCUCUUGGCUCCCCCCUUGUGCCCAGGUUCUCAUUUCCUCUUCCGGGCUCCCUCUCUUCCACCUUUCUCCUGUCCUUCCCAAUUCCCCUUGCUCUUUUCCGUUUCUUUCGCUUCUGGGCUCCUCUCUCCUUCCCUUCCUGUUUUGUUUGGUUGCCCGUAUCCUGUUUGGCCCAUUUGCCCUUCUGUUUUCAUGGUCUUCUUUUCUGACCUGUUCUGCCUCUCUCGGCUCUUUUCUGGUCCUCUCAUUUUCUCAUCUGCCUGUGUCUUAGCCACCCCUUCCCGCUUUCUUUCUUCCAAUUUCCUUGGGAGCUCCAAGACUCCUUCUUCUCUACCCCCACCUCCAAAGGUGCUGAGCUCCACCUGUCCCACACCUCUCUCUGCAGCUGUUAAUACCCCUGGCCUUCCCGAGGGGCCUCAUUGCCAAAGCAUGCCUGCCCGCCCUGGCUGUGCCUUGUUGGUGUGUACGUGUGUGUUUGGGGGAGAGGGGGGGAGGGUAGCUAGGGAUUGGGCUCCCUUUCUCCCGCGGGAGGGGGGUGUACCGUACAGGUCCCCUUUAAGUUAAAAAAAAAAAAAAUCUCUGGAGGCCAAAGAUUUUCCAGUGGGUAUGACACUUAACCCACAGACAGACCCCGGGUCCCUGGGUCCUGCUCGGCACCCAGCCUCGCCUGAGACUGCCUCCAGAAUUUUUGCCAGGCUUACUAAGAAUCCACUGCCUAGAGGCCAUCUUAAAGGAAGUCAAGGGUGAACGUUUUCCAGCCCGACUGCUCUCUGCGUUAUCGAAAACCCGUCCGAAGUAUUUGUGAGGGGCAGCGAUGUGGCCCUCCAGCCUUAGUGUUAAAAAUAGCCUGUCCUGCCUUUGCUGGG